AAGCGGAAGUACGCCAGUUUACAGCAUAUGUUGAAAUGACAGAAGCUGCAACAACACAUGAGCUACUUGAUAUACGUUACUUUCAAGUUAAUGUCUUACGUGCUGCCUCCCGGUUGUACUUGUCAAAAUGGAAGAAGAGGAGCAGCUGCGGUCUUUCAUGUUCCUCAUGACUUACAUGCUGCUGAAGCGCAGGAGAGACAUAAACAACGCAAACAUUCAGAGGCGCAAUGAGAUCCAAAGACGCAUCAGACAUCGGCAGUACUUCUUCCAGCGACAGAGAAGGAUGCUUAUGAUGAUGAUAGCAGGAGGUAUCCGCUCCAACGUCCACAUCCGCACACGCCCCUGGACCACCACUCCAAGCACUGAUUGGUGGGAGCGGGUGGUGAUGACAGAAUUUCAGCCGUCUGAUUGGCUGGAUAAGUUCCGCAUGAGCCGGGAGACGUUCUUCUACCUGUGUGACAAGCUGAGGCCGCGUCUCGCUCGCCAGGACACCAGCUUCCGUCUGGCGCUGCCAGUGGAGAAACGUGUAGCAGUGGCUCUGUGGCGUCUGGCGUCGAACAUCGAAUACCGCACCAUCAGCACCCUGUUUGGUGUGGGGAAGUCCACCGUGUGCAGGUGUGUUAGAGACAUGUGUCACGCCAUCGUGGCGCUCCUCAGCUCCGUCUACCUGCGGUCCCCCAGUGAGCAGGACCUGGAGGAUUCAGCUCAGCUCUUCCUGUCCCAUUGGGGCUUCCCUCACUGUGUUGCUGCCAUUGCAACACUCCACACAGCUAUCAUCACCCCAUCAAACAACGCGUCUGACUAUGCCAACCCCUCUGGCUGGCUCUCAGUGCUGUCUCAGGUGGCUGUUAGUGGCCGGGGGCAGUUCUGGGAUGUAUGUGCCAGUUUCCCAGGUGGGACAGACCCAGCUGACAUCUUACAGAACUCAUCGCUGUGGGCCACGGCUGCAGAGGGUGGACUGUCGCCGGCCCCGCCGCCUGUCUUCAUGGGAAAACCUCUCGGGUAUGUGCUUCUGGGGGAGGCCUGCUACCCUCUGCAGAGCUGGCUAAUGAAGGCCUAUCCUGAGGAAAAGGGCAGGAGGGCAAGCCACACAGCACUGACAGAGUCGCAGCGGCUCUUUAAUCGGCGGCUCACCAGAGCGCUGCAUGUGCCUGAGGAGGCGCUGCUGAGGCUGAGGGCACGCUGGCAGUGUCUGAGCAAGAGGAACGACUGUGGACUGGACGUGGUGCCCACCAUGAUUCUAGCUUGCUGCAUUCUGCACAACAUGUGCGAGUCCCACGGUGACGCCUUCAAGGCAGAGUGGCAGGUGGAGGUGGCCGAGGCAGAGAGCCCUCAGCCCAGCCACAAGCAGCUCCUCUCAACCAGUAUCGACCAAAAUCAUGCUGAGGAGGUGCGACACCUCUUCUGUGACUAUUUUGACCAGCAGAAUAAUUGAAAAAGCUUCUUACACAUAAAGACUAAUGUUAUUGAAAUCCUCGUAAACAUUUGUACUUGUGCUAUUACAGUAUAUUUUUAGCCACACUAGGUUUUACUGUAUGGAUGGUAAUGUUGCUCUGUCAGCAGUGGUUUCAACAUGUAUGCUAACUGUAACCACACAUGUUAAAAUGUAGAAAUGGUAGCAUUGAUCUCAAAGCAUAGUUGAACCUAAAUGAACCAGAGUUGGACAAAGCAAAGCUUAGACUGAUUAAAAAUAAGCUACAUCUCAAAAGGUAGACCUCAGCCUGUCAUAUCAAGUCUGAGAUGUCCUAAACUCUUAAUACAUCCAUGGGAAAAAUACUUUUGAUUUAGGCAGGAACAUGUUUCUACUUUGGUGCCACCAUGUGGCCAAUCUUCAUAUGCUUUGCCCCACUAGCUGUAAGGAUAAGGCAAAAUUGUCUUUUUUCCAUCUAUCAAACAGUUGUUUGACAGAUAGCAUCACAGCCUGGAGGUGCUGCUGGCAUGGCUAUAAACUUGUUCUAUUUAUCAUGACAUUGUGCUCAUUUAUUUAGUUUUGUACAUUUUUAUGCAGUGCAUCAUUGCAUAAAGUCCAGUUUUGGUUAAAGUAAGUUUGUGGUAUAUGGUUUCAUCUGAUCUUUGAUGAUGUCUUAUUACCUAUUAAGCUAACCAGGGUGUAAUGUAAAUGUUAUAUACAAACGUAAAUAUACAAAAUUAUUUUGCUACUUUCCUGGGAACCAAUAUUGCACAGACAGCUCAGUGUUUAUGGAGAUGCAGAUCUCACAUAUUUCUGAAUGCCAAGCGUCCUCCUUUGCAUCCUGGAUUUAUUGAAUGGAAACUGUGAACAGAUGUUACAUGCAACUGUACUCAAAGGCCACAAGAUGUCACUGCUAUCACAGCACACGCCCACCACAGUCGUCGCUAAUAAUUUGUCUUUGAUGCUGCUUGCAUUAUACUGCAGGUUA